UCGUGACAUCGCCUCACAGUCUCCACUGUCGGACAGAUCUGCUGGUUACUUCUCAUAGUUAAUGUAAAGAAGAUGGGUCUUCUCGACAAGCUCUGGGAUGACACGCUCGCCGGGCCUCGGCCGGAGAAAGGGCUUGGCCGCCUUCGCAAGCCAAAUCCACUCUUCUCUAAUUACGGCAAAGGGGGGUUUUGGACUUCGGAAGAUGAGAUGGCGGACAGUGGGAUCUCGAAGGAUAUCGGUUAUGAUUCUCAAGAAAAUGCACUGAGGGUGACGAGGAGUAUUAUGAUCAAGAGGCCUUCGGGAUGCCCGUCGCCUUUGAGCGGGACGCCGCCGCCUUCACCGGCGGAAUCGGCUUCCCCGUUAUCCGCGGCAUCUGGGGGGAAGGAAUGGAAUCCAUUUCGGAGAAACUCUAACUCUGAUGCAUCUAAUGGCGCUUUAGGAAAGAAUAAUUCUUCUCCUUACCAGGUGUGAGCUCUGCUGAGCUUUCGAAGUUACCAGAGGUGAGUACACCAACGGAGAGUGACUUAGUAGAAUGUGUAAGAAUAAAUUUUAUAUAUAUAUAUGCGCGUGUGUUUGUGAAGACAACUUGCUACUGUUUGUGGUGUAUGUUUUUUUGCUGUGCUAAGAAGCCUAUAUGAGAACAGCUUCUCAUGUGUUUUUUUUUUUUGUUGGAUAUGAAUAAAAGUGGGCGUGGAGUAUGUUAUUUCAUAUA